AUGAGCAAAACAUAUUAAUACUCAAAUUAGCAGACGUAAAUGUAUAGACAAAAAUAAUAAUAAGAGAAAGCGCUUAUCGAAUACUAUGUAUAUGAAGAUAUAUAAAACUUGAUUAAUUUAUUAUAUUCAAGAAAAGCUAUCCAUGAAUAUUUUUAGAAUGAUCCUAAUAAUCCAAUAGUUAUUUUAAGUAAUAACAAAGUUAUUUUAUAAUUAAAUUUAUCAUCUGGAAUUCACAAAGAUUGGCAUUAUUAAUAUUAAAUAAUUAUGAAUUAUCUAAUAAAUUAUAAAAUGAAAAAGCCAUUGCAUUAGAAACUCUUAAAUAUGUGGCUUAAGAACUUGUGA